CGCGCGGCCGCAGACGAGGUCAGGCGCUCGGAGCAGGCGGCCGCGGGGAGAGCGUUCCGGGUCCCGGAGGUCGAGACUCUCGUGCAGCCACCACCUGAUCGCCGGCUGCGUCGUGUCGCCGGCCCCGCAGGCACCAUGAGCCAGGACGCCGAGGUGGACAUGAAGGAAGUGGAGCUGAACGAGCUGGAGCCCGAGAAGCAGCCGAUGAACGCGGCCUCCGGGGCGGGCGCGUCCGCGGUCGGGGCGGGCGGCGCCGAGAAGAACGGCCUGGUGAAGAUCAAGGUGGCCGACGACGGGGCGGAGGCGGCGGCCGCCAAGUUCACGGGCCUGUCCAAGGAGGAGCUGCUGAAGGUGGCGGGCAGCCCCGGCUGGGUGCGCACCCGCUGGGCGCUGCUGCUGCUCUUCUGGCUCGGCUGGCUGGGCAUGCUGGCGGGCGCCGUGGUCAUCAUCGUGCGCGCGCCGCGCUGCCGCGACCUGCCCGCGCAGUCCUGGUGGCACAAGGGGCCCCUCUACCGCGUCGGCGACCCGCAGGCCUUCCAGGGCCCCGGCGCGGGCGGCCUAGCAGGCCUGAAGGGGCGCCUGGAUCACCUGAGCUCCCUGAAGGUGAAGGGCCUCGUGCUGGGCCCCAUUCACAAAACCCAGAGAGACGACGUCCAUGGGACCAACUUGGAGGAGAUCGACCCCGCUUUUGGCUCCAAGGAAGAUUUCGAGGGUCUCCUGCAGUCGGCCAAGAAAAAGGGCAUCCAGGUCCUUCUGGACCUCACCCCCAACUACAGGGGCCAGGACUCAUGGUUCCUCCCCGCGCAGAUGGACGCUGCGGCCACCAAGAUCACGGAUGCGCUGAGAUUCUGGCUGCAGGCCGGCGUGGAUGGGUUCCAGGUUCGGGACGUGGAGAACCUGAAGAAUGCGCCUUUAUUGUUGGCCGAGUGGCAGAACAUCACCAAGAGCUUCGGUGAAGACAGGCUCUUGCUGGCGGGAACUAAGUCCUCCAACCUCCAGGAGAUCGUGAGCCUGCUCGACUCGAACAGCGACCUGCUGUUGACUAGCUCGUACCUGUCGGCCUCCCCUUUCACUGGGGAGCAUGUAGAGCUCCUGGUCACCCAGUUCCUAAACGCCACCCGCUCGCAUUUGACAAAUGACAGUCGCUGGUGCAGCUGGAGUCUGUCUCAGAAGGGACUCCUGACUUCCUUCGUGCCGGCUCAGCUCCUCCGACUCUACCAGCUGCUGCUCUUCACCCUGCCGGGGACCCCGGUUUUCAGCUAUGGGGACGAGAUCGGCCUGAAGGCAGCUGCCCUUCCCGGACAGCCCCAGCAGGCCCCGGUCAUGCUGUGGGAUGAGUCCAGCUCCCUCAACACUUCGGGACCCGUGAGCUCCAACAUGACGGUGAAGGGCCAGAGCGAAGACCCAGGCUCCCUCCUUGCCCUGUUCCGGCGGCUGAGUGACCACCGCGGCAAGGAGCGCUCCCUGCUGCACGGAGACUUCCACGUGCUCCCCUCGGGGCCCGGCCUCUUCUCCUACGUCCGCAAGUGGGACCAGAACGAGCGGUUCCUGGUAGUGCUCAACUUCGGGGACGUGGGCCAACCUGCCCAGUUGGGGGCCUCCGGCCUGCCCGCCAGGGUCGAUCUGCUGCUCAGCACCCAGCCGGGCCGCGAGGAGGGCGCCUCUCUUGAGCUGGAGCACCUGAAAUUGGAGCCCCACGAGGGGCUGCUGCUCCGCUUCCCCUACGUGGCCUGAUCUGUGGGCCUGCUGGGACACACCGCCCUGCCCCUCCCCUCCCCUCCCUUCUCCUCCCCUCCCCAGGCCCUUAGGGUUCUGGUUUCUCUCCUUUUUUUUUUUUUACUGUCACAGAUGAACCCCCAAUAGGGUGUUUUCUGGCUUCAAAUAAAAGUCACCCCUGCCUAGUGA